AUGGAACGCCGUAAAACGCUGACGAUGACCUGGGACGGCCUCGGCGACGAUGACGACGACGAUCACUUCUUCGAGACCUACAACCGCCUCUCCACCGCCGCUCCUCUCGACUUAGCUUCUUCCUCCGACGACGAAGACGAGGAUUUCGAAGACAGCCGGCUGUCGUUCGCCUCCGCCAUCUCCUCCCUCCAUUCCGCCAAAUUCCGAACGAAGACGAUCAAAACGCCGGCAGCUUCCGCCGUCCCCAACUACGACAUUUGGAUGGCCGCCCCUGGAUCAAUCACCGAACGGAGAAAAAAAUUGCUCGGAAGCAUGGGUUUGGACGAGAACAAAGAGUCGUUAAAAGCCACAAGCGCUGCAAUUGGUCGCGCCAUAACAAAGAAGUUCGAAAACAAUCCAGAACCUUCUCCUCAUCCUUCAACAACAAAUUCUGUUACAGGCUCAACCAAUUCUGUUACAGAUUCAACCAAUUCUGUUGCUGCCGUUACUGCUAGUGCUAGUGCUUCUCCCUCUGUUUCCCCUGUUGAACCAAAAACAGAGCAUUCCCCUGCUUCGUUUGUUCUUGUUCGGUCACGUUCGUUAGGAGACAUCGAUUCACUUUCCAUGGAGAAAUUAAGGAGAGAGGAGUUGAUAGGGAAGGUUUCAAAGCAGAGACUAACAAGGACCGCGACGGAGAUAGCGGCGCCUCGUGCUCGGUACGCGGACUGCGGCAGGGUGGUGGUGAAGGAUUCCGGCGAAUCGAAUCGGCAUUUGUCGUCGUCAGCGGCGGGGGUUUCAGCAGUGGGUGCUUUCUUUCUGAUUAAGAGUUUGGAUACAGGGAAAGAGUUUAUUGUGAAUGAGUAUGGUGAAGAUGGAACAUGGAAUAGGCUAAGUGAUUUGCAGACAGGAAAACAGUUAACAAUGGAGGAGUUUGAGAGAACCGUGGGGCAUUCAUCGGUUGUUAAAGAGCUUAUGCGGCGUGCGCAUGUGUCUAGGAAUGAUGGUUAUGGGAAAAAGUUGUCAUCAAAUUCUUACAUUUCGAGGAGUUUGAGGCUCAGCAAGAGAAGAGGGGCUUCUUUGUUGAAGAACAUAAAGGGUGUGGCGAGUGGGUUCGUUGGUGAACGAGAGAGGGAGGCGCCGGUGGUGCCGCCGGGCGCGGCGGCACCGGUGGCGGAGGCUAAACAACAAGGGAAGAACAAAUGGGUGAGAGUUAGGCAAAGUGGCAAGUCAACAAAGGAGGUUUCUGCUUUGCAUUUGUGUCAAGAGUUUCAGGCUCAUGAAGGUUGCAUUUGGACCAUUAAGUUUAGUUUGGAUGGUCAUUAUUUGGCAAGUGCAGGAGAGGAUAAGGUUAUUCAUGUGUGGGAAGUGCAAGAAUGUGAGGUAAUGUCGUUGAGGCCAGAGGAAGGAAAUGUUACUCCCAUUCAUCCUUCAUUGCUAUCAUCCAUGGACAGAACCACGGAGGCUCCACCUUUGGCUAAGAAGAAGGGGAAAUUUGGAAGCAAAAGAGGGAGUGCUAUUCCGGAUUAUGUUCAUGUUCCUGAAACUGUGUUUACCCUCUCUGAGAAACCAUAUUGUUCUUUUCAUGGUCAUUUGGAUGAAGUUUUGGAUUUGUCAUGGUCCGGAUCUCAACUACUUCUCUCAUCUUCUAUGGAUAAAACAGUGAGAUUGUGGGACUUGGAAACUAAGACAUGCUUGAAAUUCUUUGCACAUAAUGACUAUGUAACCUGUGUACAGUUCAAUCCUAUGGAUGAUGAUUAUUUCAUUAGUGGCUCCCUUGAUGCUAAGGUCAGAAUGUGGAACAUAUCUGCUCGUCUUGUUGUGGAUUGGACUGAUAUCCAUGAAAUGGUUACUGCUGUUUCUUACACCCCUGAUGGUCAAGGUGUUCUAGUUGGUACACAAAAAGGGAGUUGUCGUACUUACAGCAUAGAAGAUUACAAAUUCACUCAAACAGGAACAGUUGAGCUUCGAAACAAGAAGAAAUCCCAGCUGAAAAAGGUUACUGGCUUCCAGUUCGCCCCAUGUAAUCCAUCAGAAGUGCUUGUUACUUCAGCUGAUUCCAGGAUAAGAAUCGUGGAUGGUUCAGAAGUUGUUCAUAAGUUUAAAGGUUUUCGAAAUCCAAACAGCCAAAUUGCAGCUUCAUUUACUACAAAUGGAAGAUAUAUCAUAAGUGCAAGUGAAGAUUCUCAAGUGUAUGUCUGGAAGCAUGAAGAGCGUACAAGCUCUGGAAAAAGUAGGAGUGUGCUUAUUACCCAAUCUCAUGAGCAUUUCCCAUGUAAAGAUGUUUCAGUAGCAAUACCUUGGCCUUGUACCAUCAAGGGUGAUCCACCACCAGUGCCAGUGCAUCAUUCCAAAAGGAACUCAAAACGUUCAGAUGAUACUGCCCCCGGUGGAAACAGUAAGAGAAUGUUGCCACCUCUUCCAAAGAAAAACAACCACCAUGCCACAGAAAGUGCCCCAGCCUCACCAGAGCAUGACCAUGCAGCAAUUUCACGUACAGAAUCUGGAAUUGGAGAUUCAUUUGCAAACAGUAAGAGAAUGUUGCCACCUCUUCCUAAGAAAAACAAUACUAAUGAUCAGGCCAUUGAAAGUGACUUCACUCCCACAGAAGAAGACCUUGAAGCAAUUUCUCGGACAGAUACAGGAAUAGGUGACUCAUUCACUUCAGGUUCUGCAUCAAUUAGGUAUGGUGAUUCACCUUCUAUAUCAGCUGCAGCUACUCCAUCAUCAGCAUCUUGGUCUUCCUCUUAUUCUGAUAGUAGCCAAGUUACCUCAACAAUGCAUCCUUCAGCAUGGGGCUUGGUAAUUGUAACAGCUGGGUUUGGAGGUGAAAUCAGGUGUUAUCAGAAUUUUGGGCUUCCUCGAAGGAUGAGUAGGCAAGCUAAUCUUUUUGGAGGCCCUACAUAA